AUGGCAGAAGAAAGAUGUUCAAAUAAAGAGAAUGGUCUGUGCAAACGGAAUGUUUCUACAAAGAAUAUAUUUACUGGAGAGAAUUGUGAAAACUAUACAGUAUCUCCUGAAUUGAAGUCUCCUACAAAACGUGUCCAACGAGAACCUACACGUAAUACAAUAACUGGAGAAAAUUGUUCAACCUACGAUUAUAAUUCUGAGGUUAGAAUUUCGAAAAAACGCACACAAGUCAAGAGUUCAAAUCCACUAAAUGGUGAAAAUGUUAGCGCCUUUAUGGUAUCGCAAGAGGAAAGACCACGUACUGCCAAGCCUUACGUUUACAAGAAUACAGUCACUGGUGAGAAUCUUCAAAUAAAAGAACGACAGAACCCGUUAAGUGGAGAAAAUGUUGACAGUUACACCUACCGACUUGGUGAGGCUAAACGAGCAGUGAAGAAAAGAGAUCUUAGCUCACCACUGACUGGAGAUGAGAGACAUUCAUCUCAACCAAAUCUAAACAUAAAUGGACAUGAUUCAACUGGUCGUUCCCAUUCAACAAAAACUCUUCGAAAUAUACUAACUGGUGAAAAUUGUGACACUACAAUGUAUGCCAAGAGAUGCGAAGUGAAAAACUGGAUGCAUCUGCAAUUACGAAUGGGGGUACGCAUAGAAAAUCUGCUUUUAACAUCAUAA